AAAACCUUCACUAGCAGCUCAAGCCUUUCUAAACAUCAGAGAAUCCACACGGGGAACAGGCCCUAUGAAUGCUGUGAGUGUGGGAAAACCUUCACUAGCAGCUCAAACCUUUCUCAACAUCAGAGAAUCCACACAGGGGAGAGGCCCUAUGAAUGCCAUGAGUGUGGAAAAAGCUUCUCUAUCAGCUCAGCCCUUUCUCAACAUCAGAGAAUCCACACAGGGGAGAGGCCCUUUGAAUGCAGUGAGUGUGGGAAAACCUUCACUUACAGAUCACAUCUUGUUGUUCAUAAGAGACUCCACACAGGGGAGAGGCCCUAUGAAUGCAGUGAGUGUGGGAAAAGCUUCACUCGCAGCUCAAACCUUACUGGGCAUCAGAGAAUCCACACAGGAGAGAGGCCCUAUGUAUGCAGUGAGUGUGGGAAAACCUUCAGUCACAGAUCAUACCUUCUUACCCAUCUCAGAAUCCACACAGGAGAGAGGCCCUAUGUAUGCAGUGAUUGUGGAAAAAACUUCAUUCACCGCCAGCAGCUUAAUUGCCAUCAGAGAAUCCACACAGGUAUGCGACCCAAUGGAAGCAGUGAGUGUGGGAAAACCUUGUCUUGCCACUGAGCCCAUGUGAGUCAUCAGAGAAUCUGCAAGGGGGAUCAAUACCAUAAAAACCUCUAGGGCUAUCACUACUUUAAUACUUUCCUGAUUCCCACUUUUACAAGCCGUUUGAAGCACCGAUAUCCCUCAGCUUGUCCAGAUGAGUGAGUGGCCCAUUUUUGCAUUUUGCAGUUUGACCUCUUUGAGGUGGACUCAUUUGUCCUUUCUAUCAACUCCAUUCUCCCAUGAGUAAUUCUAGUGUGCCCUUCCUAUCAGGAACCAGGGAGCGUCACAUUUAUGCCAUUCCUCCUAUUGCAAAGUUAUUGUUAGAGUCACCGGUGUUACAGAUUGUAUCAUUGCCACUUGUUCUCGUGUUGUGCUGAAGAGCAGUUAUAAUGGGAACUUUUCAUAUGACAUUUAAAUGAAGAGGAGCAGGGGCAGGAAAAAAGUGUCAUUUCAGCCUCUGUGACACUGGAAGGAGAUGUAAAAAGUGACAGAGAGCCCUGUGGUACCUUAUAGACUAAAAUACGUAU